AGCCAUAGAGAUGAAGAGACAGGACUUCCUGGGAGACGCUGGAGGGGUCUCUGGAGUCGGGGAAGGACAUGGGGUGUCUGCACAAAGGCAGAAGGGUUCAGGUCCGGUGUCACUCCCAAACUAGAAAAGGGGCUGGGCCACAGCUCCGUUGGCCCCAACUGUGGCAAGGACACUGGGUUUCUGACACUUGACAUGUUUGUGUUGCAGGAAAGAGGAGCAGCAGAGGAAGCUCCUGCAGCGAUUUCCCAGGAGGCCCCGCAGUCGGCAGCUGCAGAGCUGGAAGGAGGAGCCGGAGCCCAGCCUCUGCCUGAGGCACCCAAACAUGCCGCUGCUUAUCCACACAUCCAAGAGGAAAUCCCUCCAGCAUCCAGAUCACACAAGAGGGUCACCAACGAGGAGAGAUGAUGUGAAAUCCAGCCUCCCCGCAGUGCCUCUCAUCGGCAGAAAUAUGGCCCCGGCCUCCAAGGGCCGCAUCGAGGCUCCAGGCAAGAGAUAUGCACAGACCCCCACCCUGACAUGUGUGAACCCCCCAAAGAAACCUAGACUCAGCCCCGUCCAGACCCCCCAGCAGAGCACUCCGACAGCAGAUCUGGGGGCCUUCCUGAAUCUCCCUCCUCCACCCAGCACAGCUGGACGUGGACCGAGAGUGGCCGCCCAUGUAUCCAGGGAGACACCUGUCCAGGGGCAACGCUUGGACCUCCAGCCUCCAGCGGACAGAUCUCCUUCCAGGAGCGUGCGCGCCGCCUCCGCAGCCCACCCCCUGUCCAUCGUCGGCGUCCCGGCCCAGCCUCUCAGGAUGCUCUUCCUGAGAGAAGGCGAAGGCUGCUGGAGCUGCCGGUACACGGCGGCCCCGUCUCCGUGGCCUGCAGAGCGGCCAGCCCCUCCUGCUCAGAGCCCGUCCGUCGACCAGGAGCCCGAGAGACAUGCUGUCCCCGGGCCCCGGAGCGUCCUCUACGAUGACCUCCAGGUGUCUUCUUCCUCCGAAGAGAGUGACUGGGAGCAAAACACCAGUGGCAACUGAGACUCGUCCUCCAGGGCCCGGUGUCCUGUCGUGACUGUGACUCUGGCGGGUGGGCUGGGUGUUAGAGGGAGCGGCUGUUCCCGGUGAAGCAGGACUCCCCACCCUGGUGGGCGAGACAGCAGUGGGACCGGACCACCCUGGGGACACACAGCUGCACACACUGCCCUGUCCCAUGGCACUCAUCCAACAGAAUGUCAAGCUGUCAACCUCAAUCUAUUAUCAGGAAUUGAGGCAAAUAUAGGAGUGACUUUUAACCAUUGUGUAGAUAGGAAGUGAUGGGAGUAUCGGUAGUUGAUGAUGGUAGUGUCGGUGUUGGAUGGUAGUAUCUGUAUCUGAACAUUUGGAAGCUGCCAAAAGGGCCUGACUCUGCUCUGCAGAAGGUCAGCCGCGCCCUGUCCUGAGGUGAGACUCAUGGACUCUGUGGAGUCUUUCACUGUAAAUCAUGGUGGGGGACCUUCCCAUGGCUGUGCUUAUUAUGUUUUAUUAGUGGUAGCUGCUCAGUCAUAUCUGACUCUUUGCAACCCCAUGGACUGUAGCCCACCAGGCUCCACUGUCCAUGGGGAUUCUCCAGGGAAGAAUACUGGAGUGGGUUGCCAUGCCCUCCUCCAAGG